UGAAAACAGGUACAACAUAAAAAUAGUAUUUUCCCACAGUCUAUUUGGUCGUCCGUCCGUUACUUGAAAGUACGUAAUUCACGCACAAGUCACGUGACGUCUACUGACGUGUUCCUAAUUAGCAUGUAAGCAGGAAGUGUUAGCUCGACUGUCAACAUGCUAACAGACGAGAACAACGAUGAAGAUGUUUCUCUGUUUGACGCCGAGGAGGACGCCGGCCAAAGAUUGCCCAAGAGGACAAACAUGAAGCAUCCGGUGGCGUCCUUCUUCCACCUAUUCUUCAGGGUUUGUGCCAGCUUGGUCUACUUGCUCUGCGAGAGGAUCAGCAACGGGUUCAUCGGUGGCAUGGUGGCCAUCAUCCUGUUGCUCUCGUGUGACUUCUGGACCGUCAAGAACAUCACUGGCCGACUGAUGGUGGCGCUGAGGUGGUGGAACCAAGUGGACGAGGAUGGCCAAAGUCACUGGGUGUUCGAGUCCCGGAAGGGGAUGAGGAAAAGGCAAAUUUCAGACUCGGAAUCUCGGAUCUUCUGGCUGGGUCUGAUCGUAUGCCCGCUGGUGUGGGUGCUCUUCGCCUUCAGCACCCUCUUUCAGUUCAACAUUAAGUGGCUGCCUGUGGUGCUGAUGGGGCUGGUGCUGCAAGGAGCCAACCUCUACGGAUACGUCAGGUGUAAAGUGGGAGGGAAGACGGACUUCAAAAAUAUGGCCACAAACUACUUUGGCAGGCAGUUUCUCAAACAGACUCUGUCCAAAGAGGAGGAAUCUUAAAGUGUGGCGACUCUUCUGCUUCGGAGUUCAUUUCCACUACAAAUGCAAAACACAGUUUUGGUUUUGAUUUUAAUUUCUUUUUUAGUUGUUUAUUUGUGUUGCUUGUCUGAUGAAAAUAUCCUUUUAUUUCCCCCUGACUCCAACGCUUCAGUGUGUAUGAUAAAGUUGUUGUGUUGUUUAUCAAGACAUUAUUUAUAUAAAAAAAAAAACAGUUUUGUGCAUAUACCUUUCAGAACUUUAUUUAUGAAAAUCGUAGUAAUAUGAUUAAAUGUCUUACAUUGUGUUUACACCGGCAUUAAAAAAAUACCGCGUU